AUGGUCGAAAAAAGUACCAAGAAGGACAGCAUAAGUCACCAUCCGAAUGCCGAAGCUUUCCUCCAAGCCUUGAGUGAGCGUGAGGGGACUCCCAAUGUGGCGGCUGUCCUAUUAGAGGUCUUUAAGCCUCAAGAGUGGUUUUCUGAGGAAUCAAAGGCCGAAAUCUUGGAUAUACUGUCCAACCUCAAAUUGGACACGGUCUGUUCCAGUUACGGCAACUUUCGCAAGGUCAGAGACUGUCUGAAGCAGGUUAAUUUGACGGGAGAAAGAAUCUCAUGGGACCCUGAUCGAGGUUACGAAGGCCUCUUGCCGUCCUACGAGGCAGUCGAGGCAACUCGCAUUGUCGGGUCCAAGAUUGGUGGCUUUGGCACCCUGCCGCAGACAAUUGACAAAUUGAUCAAGAGAGGCAAAAUGCACUUCUUGCUCGAAAAUCCUGAUGAUCGCAAGACGCCUAUUCAUGAGUUCUGGGUCAAACGUGUCAAAGAAGAUGACGAAGAAAGGCAGAGGAACUCGGUCCCGAGAACCCGUGAUGACUCCAAGAAUGAGAAUAGCAAGACCGGAGGCCAAAAGGACACUCAUCAUGAUGCCUUUAGUGAAGAUGAGGCAUCGGACGAGGAUGAGAAGGACGAUCAGGGCGAUCAGAGUGUAGACGACAACGAGGAUCUCUCAGACACCACCAGCGAUGAGGAGGACAUGGACGACGAUAUCACCGAGGCAAAGGACAAUACCCUGUCCAGCAAGAUCCUGAGUUCAAAAUUGUUCAUCUCCAUGGUUUCAGAUGCCAUGAGUAACGCUGGUCUUCCGGUCCACAACCGCCAUAUCCAGACGACUGUCAAGUCGCGGGCCUUGCGCGAUGCGCUUCAGGAGGCGAUUGCCAAUGCCGUGAAGCUGGACUCGGACGUCCACAGGCAAAAGAACGAGGCAAGACUGAAUGUCCGUGGGGGUAAUGGGGGAAAGAAACGCCGCGCUUCGUCUUCUGCGGUCGCCGAACGUCGAAAGUCGGCCAGAUCUGCAGCAAAGAAGCGCUGA